AUGUCGAUCAGCAGCAGUCAGGCCGUCGGCCCAACUGGCCGCGAAUCGAAGUUGGGCCAAAGGAAGGAAAAAGAAGUCCCGAUCGACCCCUCCUUGUACCCGCCUUUCAUCAAACAGGUUUCUAUAGAUAUUAUAAAGCAUUUUUAGAAAAAAUGUUUUCCAUUCAUUAGGCAAGAUUCAAUUCAAAAGAUUAAGUAGAAAGUUUGAAACAGAAUAGUAAGGUUUUGUAAUAUUUCGGCCAAUUCAGAAAAAUCUCCUUAAACAAAGAAUUUUUUCCUCGAAAAUGAGAACUUUUUCGAUAAAUUCUUUGUGAAUUUAGUAAACAUAGACUUUGAAAAUGUCAAUUUAGCAGUUAUCUAGAUUAUUUUGAAGUAAAAAAAGUUAGCAAAAGUGCCCCUUUAAGUCCCGGUUUUUGCUUGAAAGUCUUUUUUUGGAUAAUAAAAAAAUUAUUUUUUUCAGUGUAACAUAUCUAGAUUUUUUUAACGAUCUUAUUUGAUUAGAAUAUUAUUGGUUUCAACUAGAAUUUUUUUCUGUAAAAAAAUAAUAUAAUUAACGAAGUUCAAUAAUAUUAUUUUUUUUACAAUUUAUCUUGUUUUUUUCUGUGAUUACUACGCAACCUUUGAAGGAUAUUAAGAACAUUUCAACAGUCCCUUUUUUAUCCCUAAAAAGUAAAAAGUGCGGAAAAAGUCUCUUUCAGGUUUCUUAUUCAAGAAAAAAAGACCCCUUUUACGGCUUUUUUUACACCCCUUUUUCUGGAACUUAUUACUAAUUUCUUCUUUUCUAACGCCUUUUUAUUUCAUUAAAAAAGACCUUCCCGAUAAAAAACAAGUCAUGAAAAGCGCUAGGAAGAUCUUUUAAAGGCCUAUUUUUAGGUAAUUUUAAAAUUUGCCCAUGAAAUCGAUAAUCAUUUCUUUCUAGCUGGACGCAAAACUGCCGGAUUAUGUUCGAGAAGGCGACAUCGAGUACCCUUUCGAGGAGACCAACGGCGUCGGCGAUGAAAAUCGAAUCCGAGGUGGCUUUUUGAAUAUUUUUUUAAACUCGACUACGUCUCCGUAAUCUAAAUCUUCAGAAGGAAGAAUUGAAAGAACAAAUUUAAAAAAAAAGUUAGUCAUAAAGUUAGAACAGAACUUCGAAUAGAAAUAAAAGAUUAACUGAUGAGUAUAUAUUUAAAGACAUCAGACUUGUUCUCAAAACAAAUUUUUCUUAAAAAUUUGGAAGUUUCAUUGAGAGUUUUUAGUUCAAAAACUCACAACAAGGUUGGUUCUUUUUUUCGAAAAAUUUCAAAGAAAAAUUUUUUUGUUUCAAUCUAAUUUUAUGUCUUUCGUGAGCCAAAUGAAACUAAAAAAAGCAAGAUUUUUUUCAAUUUUUUUAAAGGAAAACUCAAAGACUUUUUUUCACGGCUAUUUGCGUCUAGGGAACAUAAAUCGAGAAAGAAGUAUGAAUAUAUAAUUUCUAUGAAACGUAAAAUUGCACUUUUUGAUGAUUUUAUUGAAAAAUCUAAAUUUUUAAAAAUUUUUUUCAGUGUAGAAGUCAUUUUUUUGAGAGUUCGUAAAUCAAUAAAAAGUGUAUUUCAGCUCAAUAAUCGUUUAAAAAAAGAAGAAAAACUAAAAAGAAACUUUUUUUGAUUUUUCUGAUUUCAUGACAUAUUCUGUUGAUUAGGGUCCAGUUUUCCAAAUUAAAAAAAAUUGAGAAAAAGGGAUUUUUUGGUCCGGUUUUAUCCUUUCGAAAGACCAUUCUACCAUUUUGUUCUUCUUUCAAUCAAAUUUCUCGUAAACUCCUCUAGAGACCACUACGGCUUGAAAAAGUGGCUUCUAUAGGGGACAUGGUUGAGAAGGAAUUGAUCAAGUCUAUUUUUUUAAUUUUCAAAGCUGAACAAAAAAAUUGAAGACCCUAUAGGAACCACUGAAGAUUUAAGAGCUUAGGGGCCAGACCUUAAACCCCUAUAAGGACCACCUGAAUUUUACCCUUAUAGGGGGCAUUUUUCCCUAACCCCUAUAAGGACCACUCUGACGUCCUUAAGGAUAACUUUGAAUUCUCCCAGUAAAAUUUAUUUUUUAUCGAUUUUUUUUCGAAAAGUAUCAAUUAAAUUAACUCCCUCUCUUCUUCGUUUUUUUGGGUACAAUGAAAUCAAUUCCAAUCGGGUCUAUUGAUAUCACUGAUAAGGAAGAAGAAGAAGACGUUUUUGUGUGACACGUCGUCUUUUUGGGAAACACGUGUUUCCUUCAAUGUUUGUGGGAAUUUUCUUCGUUUUUUGCCGAUUUUUGGUGUUUCUAUCGAAUUUUUGUUCACAAAUGUUUACCUCAUCUUGUUUUUUCUUUAAUUCUUUAUAAAAGUUGUUUUUUUUUCUAGGAAACUGGAGCAACAAGGCUGAUUAUCUGUUGGCGACCAUCGGGUUCACCGCCGGCGUUGGUUUGUUUUUCCGUUUUUUGUUGAUUCCUUAGGGUACCAAGGUACAAAGGGUCCGAAGUUUAGCUUCUACUGCUAAUUUUUGAGUUUACAAAAGGGUAAACUAAGGAAAUUUCGUUGGAAGACUAGACAACGGAAAAAUAUUCAAAGUAAAUUUACAGAAAAAAAAGUUAUUUACUCUGAUUUUUACUAUCCAUUUCGAAAAAAUUCACGAGAACACUUUGAAAAAAAAAACAACAGGAUUUCUUUGAAUAAAUUCCAUUGAAAAAAAUGUAUUAUUAACAAAAAAAGAAGGAAAUUUGAUGGAAAAAAUAUUUAUUCUUCUAUAUUCCUUUUCCCCUUUAAAAGGUUGGGAUUCCAGACAAUUUUACGAGUUUUUAACUUGUACCUUCAAUAUUAAAAGCAUUAACUUUCAUGCAGCGUAAAAAAAGUUUUAAAAUCAAUUAUUUUUAUUUCCACUUUUUUUAACCAAUUUCAUUCUACAAGGUUUCAAAAAUCCUUGUGAAAAUUUCAAAUUCAUUCUGCUUCAAACUCAUUGACGCUCUGUAAACCUCCGUUCUUACUAGGGAACUACUCGAACUCGGGUACGCGUUUCGAGUUGAAACUUUGGUGGCUUAUAGACCCGGGUAAGAGUACUUGAAAACAAGAGAGAUUAUCUGCUAAACCCCAUAGGCUUCUGAGAAAAAGCUUUUUGAAAGUGAACAAUUUAGGCUUGAAAAUUAUCAAAUUUUUGCUUUCCUCCUUCUUUUGGCUGGAAAAAAGUUUAUUAGAGUUUAUCAUAUCCGGAUCAUCCAAGGUGAUUGUAUUAAAAUAUGAAACAAGGUAAAAAGCAGUAUUCUGAAAAUUUUCAAGCCUAACUUUCACAUUUUCUACUAAUUUUUUCUCAGUUCUCUAUUGGGUUUAGCAGAUAUUCUCACUUGUUUUCAAGUACUCUUACUUAAGUCUUGAACUCGAAACCCGUACCCGAGUCCGAGUAGUUCCCUAGUUAGAGCUUUUCUCAUGGCUCAAAGAAAAAAAACUUAUAAGUUUUGUUUUUUAUUCUCUCUUUUCCUUUUUUAGAGUGAGAGUAAUGGAAAAUCAUUUUUCGCAUUGCUUCAAAACCAAAUUGUAGCCGAAAAGUGAUAUUUGAUGUAUGUUUACGUGCUACACAAACAUCAAUUUCUUAUCAAUAUUCGCAUGGCACUUUUUGAUUUAUUAGCUAGUUCGAAAGGACGAAUUUUUAAUUUUCUUCUUAUUUUACAAAAGUGAGGGCCUCAAGUGCCUUUUAUUUAUUUAUUUCAGGCUUAAAUGCCAAUUUUUUCCUUCUUUUUUUGUACAUGUUAUUUCGUUCUGCCUGUAAAUGAAUUAUAUUAUUAUAAUAGUUUUUUUUAAACAAGAAUUUAGGUUUAAUAUACUCUCUUCCGGAAAUUCUCUAGUUAAAGUUAAAAAGAGAAAGAAAUUUUGGAUUAUUGAGGAGUUCAUCACAUUGAUGUUUCAGGGCAGCGACUAAAACUUCAUUAAAGAUGGUUUUUUACUUAAAUAGCAAAACUGUAAAACUGUUUUUGAUUAACUAGUACCAAAAUUGGAAAGGAAUGUAUCUUGAUUACCAAUAUCCAAAUUUAAAUGGAUCGGAAUAAAUCUUUUAUGAAGUUCAGGAACACCGGAUUUAAAAAAACUGAAAAAAAUCUCGAUUUUUGUGAAAAAAAUUCCGUUCAAAAAUCAAGAGGUUUUUAAUAUUUUCUAGGAUAUUUUGAUUUUUUUCUCCAAUAAAAUGAUAAAGAAGUUUUUAAAAAAAUCGGCUUGAAACCUUCUUCAAAUUUCAAUCUAAAAAGAAAUUGCCAUACAUAUACUGUUAAAUUAUCGAGUUAUAAACCCUCAAAGUCGCCGAAAAUCUAUUAUUCUUGACUAAAUUAAGUUUCGAGGCGGACUGAAUAUACUAUAUCUCAAGAGGCCUUUGAAUUUUUGGGUUUCACCUAGGAUUAUUGAAAUUAUAUCUCAAUGAGCUCUUAAAAAAAUUGAACUUUUCUUUGUCCUUGUUAGAGGGAAAAUGUUAAAAUUGUGAAAAGUAUCAGUUUUUUUCUGUUGAUUUCGAGUAAAUUCAAAAAAUAUCUUGAAAACUGAUAAAUGUUUCAAUUUUUUUCAGGAUAUUCCAUUAGUUAUAAACAAAACCAGUCACACAAAAUCUCUUGGAAGUUUCAAAAGUCUUCGAAAAAAUAGAAAAAUCAAAAAAUAAAGGUUUUCAACGUUUUUGAAAAUGUCCCUUCAAAAUUCUCAAAUUUUGAACUUCCAGGAAGCUUCUGGAAGUUCCCGUUUCUGGUCUACAACCAUGGCGGAGCCGCUUUCCUCGUCCCCUACUUGGUCAUGUUGCUCGUGGCGGCCCUUCCGAUGUUCUUCAUGGAAAUGGUUAUUUCAAUCUGAAACUAUAUUGAAGAAUAAAAUAAUUUCCAGGUCCUUGGACAAUUUUUCCUCGUUAGCCGCCAUCUCUGUGUGGAAAGUCGUGCCGCUUUUUUUAAGGUAUUUUUAGAAGAAAAAAAUAGUGAGAAAGUAAGGGUUUUAACCAUUUUGGUGACAUUAAAUUCGUAUUUGCAAGGUUUUCUUGCAUCAUAAUUAUUAUGUUAUACCUUUUUUUAGAUAGUAGGAAUGUUUUUUUCUGAGAAAAAUGAAGUGUUUUUUCUAAAUGAUUCAAUGUCUUAUUUUUGGCUCUGAUUUUUUUGAUUUAAUAGGGAUUCGAGAUAUUUUUUUAUGAUAUUUAAUCUUACAAGAAAAAUUUUUCAAGAAUUCAAGAAAGUCCGAAAAAAAUUUCAAGAAAUUUGGGUCAAAUUUAAAAAAAUAUUUGGUUGGAAAUUCGUGAGAUUUGGUACGGAAAUUGAACUAUCUAGUAGGAAAUUUUUUUGAGAACCAGAACGAAAUUUUUGAAAAAUUUUUGAAAGUUUGGAAACAAAAAAAUUAUGGUUCUUGGUACGAAAUUCGGUGAGGUUUGUUCCGAAAUUCAUGAAUUAUACGAAAUUUGAUAAGAUUUAGUAUAUAAUUUGUAAGAUUUUUGAACCAAAAUUUACGAGAUUUAGUAAAAAAAUUUAUGAGAUUUGGUAGGAUCCGGUACAAAAAUUUAUGAGGUUUCGAAGAUUUUUUUAAGAUGAUUUAUGGAGCUUAGAACGGAAUUCUGCAAAGUUUCUAAUAAAAAGAAACUUCAUAAACCCAAAACAAAAGAAAAAAAAAAGUCGAUAAAUGCUCACAUAAAAUAUUUACAGGGCGUCGGAUUCGCUCAAGUGGUCCUUUCGGGGUUCUUCGCCGUCUUUCUCAACGUUAUUUCGGCCUGGACAUUGUUCUACUUGAUCAACUCGUUCAGUUUUUCACUUCCCUGGUCGAAUUGCGCCAAUUCCUGGAGUGGAGCCAGUAAAUUUUGCUUCUUUUAAAAGUUUUUUGAAGGAAAAACUAAAAAAUUGGAUCUUUUUCGCGGUUUUUUGUUUCAGAAAUAAAUCAAGCCUUUCUCCUGAUUGUUAAGAUCACAUUUAGAAAAAUUUUGGGCCUCAUCCCGGAUUUUUCAAAAAUUUUAUCAGAGUCAGUUUUAAGGUUGCUACAGUUUUUUCCUAUACUGGGAAAAUUUUCAGUGGCCACUAUAGAGGCUCGAGAGAACACUAGAGUGGCCACUAAACCCACCUCUAUAGUGGCCACUAUUUUCCGUUUUAGUGGCCACUAUAGUGGUUUUUCAUCCAGUAUUCCUUCCAGUAACUCUGAUUAAAACAAACAGAUUGGACCAGUUAUGUUGAUCCAUUGACCCCUAAAUUGGCCAUUAAAAUUUUUAGUGGUCUCGUAGUAGCACUGAGACCUCUAUAGUGGCCACUAACUUUUAACCACUUAAGUGGCCACUAAUUUAAAUACUAUAGUGGCCACUGAAAAUUUUCCCAGUGAAACAAUUCUCAAUCUCACAUUUUUUCAACUCCUCUUUUUUCUCGUUCUUUUUUCAAAGCUCUUCGUUUCAGAUUGCACGUUGGGUACACGAAUCGCGUGUACUCAAGAGAACGGAACACUUCUGGUUAACGGAUCUUGUGUCGUUCAACACGACAAUCUCACGAUUGUCCUGCCAAUCCACGACCAGAACUCCAUUCCCAGUUUGAGAUACUUCCAGUUGGUUUUUUUACUUUUUAUAUAUUCUUAUUUUCAAUUUUUAUAGCGUUCAAAAAGCACUGUUUCUGAUAGUUUUCGAGCUAUAUCAAAAAAAUCGAACUUUUACUUAAGAAAUCCAGAGUGGUCCCUAUAGGGGUUAGUGGAGGAAAAAAUCUCUAUAGUAGCCGAAAAAGAGGUCCUUACAGGGGUAAAAGGUGGACCCCAUAGGGAUUUAGGGUCGGAUCCCUUAGCCUCUAUAUCUCAAGGGGUCCCUAUAGGGGUCUUUCAAUUUUAUUCAAAAACGCUCAUUUAUUCAGUUUUUCUCAUGUUAUUCCGUUCAUAACGAUUAUCGACUAGCCUUUUCCUUCUAGGGGCUACUUUUGCGAGCUUCAGUGGCCCCUAUAGGGGUUGGUGAAGCGUUACCUAGAUGGCACUCUCCAAGAGCCCCUAAAGGAACAACUCUGGAGUUCCUAAGUAUAUCCUAUCCGCCAUGGCUUGAAUUUCUGCCUGUCUGCGUCUAUCUGUUUCCUGACCAUCAGGUCAGAGAAACAAGAAAAUAGCACUUCAACAUGAGAGAGCCGCCGAGAGAGAAAGAGGGCGCAGAGAAAAUUUUUGACGUUUCAAGCUACGGAGAAUUAACUUUAAUUUAGAGUUCAGUGUGUUUAUUUUGUUUUUUUGUGAGAUCAGUAAUUGAUUUUUUUAGAGGUUUUGAGAAUGUUUCUCCACUAGAUUUUUCUGUUUCCAGCAACGACAUGCUGAUGUUAUCAAACGGAGUCGACGAUUUCGGAACUCUGAACUGGUACCUGGGGAUUUGUGUGCUGAUCGCCUGGGUCGCAGUCUUUUUGUGCCUUUUCCAGGGCGUCAAAUCCAGCGGAAAAGUUAGUUUCGAUCAAAAUGAUUUUUUGAAAAUACGAGGGAGAUAUAAUCAUUGGAAAAAAUUAAGAAAAAUCGUUUUUUUUAACUUCAAAGAACGAUAGAUACAAAAAUUUUAAACAUGUUAGAAUUAUUGUUCAAUCAAUAUUUAUUUGCUAGAAAAAUUUAUUGAAAAUUCAGUUUUUUUCCAAAGUUUUCGAACUAUAAAAAUGGUUACUAAAUGUAAAAAAAUUUACAGGUUGAACUAAUUUUUGAAAUUUUUCAGCUCCAUGGAUGAAAUAGGGGUUUUUUUGAUGAGAAUACUGUUUCUCGCGGCUUUUUUUGUCAGAGUUUUUCUUAAAGUUAGAGCUUCAUCUCCUCUUUCACGUAUCGAAAAAAAUAAACUUUUGAUUUCCAAAGGUACAAAAAUUUUGAGAGAAAUGUUGGUUUUUGCACAUAUAACGCUUUUUCAAUAAAGAUUUAACUCAAAAUUCAGUUUUUUUGCAAUCUUUUCUCAACUUCAAAUGAGGUUAUUGAAUGUUAAAUUCAUAGCUAGAAGAUGAUUUUUCAAGAUUUUUUUAGCCCUAUGGAUAAAAUAAGGAGUUUUUCAGAAUGCUGUUUCGAGCAGCCUUUUUUUCUUGCGUUUCUUUAAAUUUAAAUCGUUAUAUUUACUUUGUUUUCGAAUAUUAAUAAAGAAACUUGAACUUUUUGUAGGAUUUAUUUGUUUAAAAAGCCCUGAAAAAAAUACCUUAAAUCAAUUCUUCCAGGUAGUUUACGUGGCUGUGAUCCUUCCAUUCAUCAUCAUCACUGUUCUUUUGACCAGACUCCUCACUUUGGAAGGAUCUUUUCGCCGCAAUUUUGUAUUUCCUCAGGCCUGAUUGGACGGUUUUGCAAGAUUUGCAGGUGAUUUAUGAUUUUCAUUUCAAAUUAGGAUUUUGUUGAGAAAUAAUCUUCAAAAAAAUCAUUUUUUUAUUUGAAAACGAAUUCAAAUGCGCAUAAUAAUCAUUAAUUUUUUUGAUUUUUUUGAGUAAUCGGAAAGAAACAGGAAUGUUCUAUAUUGAUUUAUAUGAUUUCAUUUUUUUUAGGAAUUUCGUAAUGAAAUUCCAUCGUUUCAGCCAAUAAAACAGCAAAAAACGUCUCUUUUUUUGCCGUUCAUUUUCAUAAUUUCGACAAAAUAAGUUCCUUCUUGAUUCUCAAGUGUAUUUAAUUUUUUUUUCUUGAAUUUUUUUAAAAAUUUUUAUAAAAACACCGUCUUUUUUUGGAGUUAAAUUUCUCAUUUUAUGCAGAAAAAAAGGGUGUAAAAUAGCCCCUUUCCGAGGAAUUUUUUUAUUUUUUUGUGUUUUGUAAAAAAAUUUGUACUUCAAUUUUUUUUAUAUUUUUCAAAUUUUUAUGUUAGAAAAAAAUCAGAAAAAAAGCGAAAUUUUCUACAUUCUACGCCUCAUUUCCGAAAAAAAUGUACUGGAAUUUUUGAGUUUUUUUCGUUAGUGAAGUCAAGAAAAACAGCGGAAAAUGGCUUUUUUUCGAAUUUCAAUGCCUUAUUUUAUAAAAAAAUUGUUCAUAAGUAGCUUUUUUUAGGAUUUCGAAUAAUUUAGUUUCAAAAAAAGGUUAUUUGAUUCUCCUAAAAAGUUCUGUUUCCUAUUUAUUAAUUUUUGAAUUUUUUUCAUCCAAUUUUCCCAGGUUUUGGGGCGAAGCGGCGGUCCAAGCCUUUUAUUCGGUUUCCUGCUGUACCGGAGGCCUCGUAACGAUCAGCAGUUAUAAUCGUUUCCAUAAUAAUGUUUUCAAGUUCGUUUUUAGAGGUUUUUCAAACAUAAGUCUCUACAAAGAUUGUGAAAAAUUUAGGAAACGAUGAGAAAAAAAUGAUUUAAAAAAAUAGUGAGACUUCUGCGCUCCAUGGCCAAUUUUGCGGAAAAAAAUGGAACACUGGAUUUUUUUCCUUUACUGGGUUUUAUUGACUUUUUUUGAUUUAUUCUCUUGUUUUUUUGGUUGGAGUGAAAUUGGAAUUUGAAAAUUAUUAAAUACGGAAAGUUUAGAGACAUCUGGCUAGUGAUAGCGGUUGAUGUGAUCGUCUCACUGAUCGGCUGCGUUUUGACUUUUUCGGCCAUCGGAUUCACUUGUUUCGAGUUUUCCAUCGCUUUGGACAAGUUCCGAAUCAGGGGUGAGGAUAAGAAAUGGUCAAAGAAGUUUUCUAAAAAAUGCAGGAAAAAUAUGAAUAAAACAGAGUUUCUCCUGUUCAAUUUGCUACAUUCAGGCUCAUGAAAAUCAGUGUCAGAUUUAUUUUCUGAUUUUAUUUCGUUUAAAUAAGUUUCAAAGCUGUUCCAACUUAUCAAGGACUUGAAAAUUAUGUGUGUAACAUUUGAAAAAAAAAGAUAAAAGCUCACAAAAUCAACGAUUAUUCGGCAAAAGAAAGCAAAAGUAUAAUAAUGACCUGGAAAAAAAUGAGAAGUAUUUUGAAGAAUCAAAUAUUCAAGAAAUCCGAAAAAAAUUCAGCUUAAUAGUGGUUGAAAGAGAGAUGAAGCGAGAAAAAAAUAAUAAAAUAUUAUUCUCCUGAUUUUUCCAAAGAUAAACCAUCAAAAGAAAGCUAUAAAAAAACGAAGGUAAAAUUAGGUGUUUUUAUGAAAAUUUGAUAAAAGUUGAAAAGUUUUUUUUAAAGUUUACCUACCUUUUUUAAUGUUUUUAAAGAUUUUUUUUUCAUUUUUCGGAGUCAGUUUGCUUUCAAGAAUUUUUUUUCAAGUUUUUUUGUUUCGAAACUUUUUUUUUCUAGAUUUCAAUUCACUUCAUCAUUCGCAGCACUUUUCCAUCCUUUUCAAUGCUAAUAAAGUCCCAAGUUUCAAUGUCUUCCAGACGGAUUCCACUUGGUUUUCGUCUUCUUGGCGGAAGCCUUGGCCGGCGUUCCCGUGGCGCCUUUAUACGCCUGCAUGUUCUUCAUCAUGGUCCUUCUAGUCGUUCAUAGUACUCAGAUGUUUGUGGUGGGUUCCCAAAUUAUCUAACAGGUAAAAUGAGCAACCUCAGGUGGAUGCCAUAGUAUCCUCCUUGUGUGACGAGUUCCCGGAAAGGUUACGUCGGAACAGAAGACACGUCCUGACGACCGUCUGCGCCGUUUUCAUACUUCUGAGCAUUCCGUUUUGCUUGUCGGUAUGGUUUCUGUCAUGCCACUCCUAAAGGGGCCACUAUUUUUGCUCCUUAUGUGGCCAAAAAGGUCUAAACCCUGAAGUGGCCACUAAACAUUUUUGCAGUGGUGACUUUCUGGAAAAUUUUAUAGUGGCCACUAUGGGGUUUUGACGUUUUAGGGGCCACUAUAGUAGUCAAAUUAGUGGCCACUAUAGGGUUUUACGUUUUAGUGGCCACUAUAGAGGUUUAAGUGCUACUACUAGACUACUGAAAAUUUUAGUGGCCACUCUAGGGGUCAAUGGAUCAACAUAACUGGUCCAAUCUGUUUUUUUUUUUUAAAUUAUCAGAGUUACUGGAAGGAAUAUUGGAUUGAAAACUACUGAAGUGGUCACUAAAACGGAAAAUAGUGGCCACCUUAGAGGUGGGUUUAGUGGCCACUUUAGUGUCCUCUCCAAGUAUUCCUUGGCGAGCCUAUAUAGUGGCUACUAAAAGUUUUCGCAAUAACGCGAAAAUUCAAAAUUUUUGGUUGUGAAAUUCCCAAAUAAUCAAACACGCAUGUGGCUCCUCGAAAGUUGCGUCCGACCAUGAAACGAGUUUCGCGCGAAAUUUGAAAAAUUUUGGCGUAAGAAGAAUUUAUUUGAGCCGCAGCGCGACCGCCUUGCGCUAAGCCAUUUCAAAUGCGCCCAGAAAUUCUUUGAAAAGCUCAAAAAUAUCGAGAAAAGCUUUAGUAUGAGGAACGCCAGAGUGACCCCUAAAGACGCAACAUUAGGGACAUUUCAAGGGACCAAAGCUUUGCAGGCUUAUAUGACAUUCCCUUAACACCUUUAGGGACCACUUGAAUUUUACCCCUAUAGAGAAUUCUAUUUUGUCUCCUGUUGAGAAUGCCUUUUUCCUCCUAACCCCUCUAGGGAUCACUCUGCCCUUUCAAAGCGUUUCUCUUUGGGAGUCACAAUUAAUUUCUCGUCUCUUGAAGGCCGGACUGUACUGGAUGGAGCUUCUGGCCCAUUUCGUCCUCACGUGGCCCUUGGUGGUGGUCGCCUUCUUGGAAUGCAUGGCCAUCAGUUGGGUCUACGGCGUGGAUAACCUUUUGGACAACGUGAAAUGGAUCACUGGGAGUUAUCCGCCUUGCUACAUGUUUUGGAAGAUUCUGUGGAAGUUCAUCUGUCCCAUGGUUUUCUUGGUGGGUUCGUCUUGGUUUGGAGAGUUAUGUAGCAUCAGUUAUUUGAGGAUAGUUCAGAGUUCAUCGGGUAAAAAAACUUAUUAUUUCUUGUUUCCUGUUCAGAGAAAAAAAUUGGUUUAUAGGCUUUUUUUGAACUUCUAACGAGAGAGCUCUUUGUCAAACUUUGAAAAAAGCCCUAAAGUGAGAGAGUAUUGAAAACGAGGAGAGUGAUAGGCAACAAAAACGCUUCUCAUUACUCGAUUUUUUUGUAAAAUUUGUUUUGAAUGCAGAAAGAAACAAGGAAUUUUUUUAUUAAGUCGAACUUUGUUCAAUUUCUUUUUAGACUGAAUGAUAAUUUUUUUGAGAAAGCUUCGAAAUUAUCAAUUGAAGAAGUACUGAAAGAAACUUAAUUUAAGAGUCUGAAAAAAAUUAAUUUUUUUGGAAGUUUGAAAAAAAGACUCGAAAAAAAGCUUUUUCUUUUAUGAUGAUGAUUAUGGUACUGUUUGAACAAUUUUGCAAAGCUAUUUCAUGUAAAUUUGAUGAUUUUUUUAUGGAAAUGAAACGAAAAAUAGAAUUAAAUUCGAAAUAAAAAAACAGUGCAAGCUCAAUUUUAAAAAAUUCACUUCAUUUUUUUAAAAAAAGCUUCAAAUGCUCCAAAAUUCAAAGUUUUUCUUUCCAGUCGAUCCUCUCAUUCCUCUGGCUCGAAUGGCACGCAAUAGCCUACGAAUCCUACGUUUUCCCGUAUUGGUCGGUGAUUUUGGGCUGGGUCGUCGGGGCGAUCCCCUUGAUUUUCGUGCCCAUCGUCGGAAUUUGGGAGUUUUGCACCGCCAAGGGGAACAUGUCGCAGGUUUCACAAAUUGUGGAGAAAAUCGAAAUACCUUAAUAUUCUAUAGAAAUGGCAAAAUGUACUGAAUCCGGACGACGCCUGGGGUCCAGCCCUCGCCAUCCAUCGAGCCGAACAGUUCCCGCUCCAGAUUCCUGAGGCUCGACGGCUCCUUCUGCCUCCGGAAGUUGAGCUUCCUGGUUCGGGGCCGGUCAGUGGUUUUUUGUCAUUUCUAGAAAAAUGAGCCAGUCUGAUCAGAAUAAGUUCAGGUGACAAAAAAAUAAGAAAAAAAAUCAGAGUUUGAAAAAAAAUCUUCUAAAUGGAGUAGUUUGAACUUUUGCGCCCCACGGAUAACUUUCAAAAAAACUGAAUGCUCUCAGACCUUGGUAACGCGAAUCGGACGCGAAUCGGACGUGUCGGGGCAUUUCUAGUGACCACUUUAGUAGCCUCAGAACUCUUAAGGGAUCCCUAGAAUCGCCCAGAAACGUCCGGAGCACGUCCGUUUCGCGUUACCAAUGCCCGAGCUCUUUGAACAUUUCUGAACCUUUUUAAGUGACCCCUUUAGCGGCUCCGGCACCCUUAAGUGAUCCCUAGAGUGGCGUCCGCUUCGCGUUACCGAGGUCCAAGUACUCGUAUUUUCCAGCAAACAGAAAGACAUGAUUAAAAUUUCGUAAAAUCAAGAAAAUCAAAUUUUUCAGCUUAUUCACUAGGUUUCUGAAAGAGUAUUCCAAAAUCAUCAUUUUUAUUUUGGUUGGCACCAUUUUUCACCUUUUUUUGGCAUAAAUAUGCUCAAAAAAUAAAAUCAUAGGCCUUUCCAAACGCUUUUAGGGUAGAAAAAAACCAGGCAAUCGAGAAAUUUGUUAUUUUCUCAGCUUUUUUUAAAAUUUUCUUCACUUAAAUUUUUUUCCCCCUGAAAUUCCGAAAAAAAGAAAAAAAGCUCGUUUUUUUGUUGCUCCAUUUCAAGAAUUGAAAAAAAGUUUUAACUCGAAUCGUGAUUUUUUUCAAAAUUUAAGCUUGAGUUAGCGAAGUCCCUAUAAUUACUUUCAGUUUCUAAAACUGCUUAUAAAUAUUUUUUAAAGCUUUGCCAUUCGUUAAAGUCAUCAUACAUGUAUCUUUUUCUUUCGAAAAUUGAGGGUUUUUAGGCUGAUACUUGAGUUCUUCAUACAGUUUAUAAGGUGAUUUAAGAAAGCUUAGAAAUUCUUAAACGCGAUGGCCUCUUAAGUUUGAAAUUUCAUAAAUCUAGCUAAAAAAAGCAAAUUUCUAUCAGUUUUUUGGAAAUUUGGCAGUUUUCAGAACGAAGACGAACUGGACCCGCAUGGAUUCAUUUCUGCCGGUGCAGAAGAUGGAACUUCAAGGUCUGGAAGAAAUCGACGAAAGCCGUGGCCGCCAGGAGCAUCGCCAACACGGUCAACAGCCUCCCCAAGUUCGAACGAGAAACUGCGAUUUAA